AUGAGCACCAUGAAGCUGGAUGUGGAAGGGACAGCAACAUCUUUCCAUGCCAGGCUGGAACACUUGAUCGCCAGGGAGCUGCAGCUGAAUGUGCUCCAUGAAGAAAUAAUUAACAAACGUGAGGCACUACUAGGAGCAUCGAGAAAUAUGUUGCACAAAACAGCAGGACAGGAUGCUGUGUUGAGCAACACAGAUGCCACAAUUCGAAACGGCAAACUUCUGAAGGAUGUACAAUCGCUGGAAGAAACGUCAAAGCAUCUGCAGGAACCAGUCAGUCCCAGUUUUGCCUACCUUCAGGCCAACUACAAAUCAAUGGUAGAAAAUAUGUUUCCAAUCUGGCAGAAGUCACUGGAAGAGAUGCAGGCUACAGAAAUAACCAGGGGGACCAAGAACAGAUAA